UAAAACCGGCGGCGGCGGCGGCGACCGGGGCUGCGGCGGGGGCGGCCCGGGCGCUGCGGAGCUGCUGCCCCGCGGCGCUGCGGGAAACGGCCCCGGAGCCGCAGGAAUAUUCGGUUGUUUCGGGAUUAUUAUGGUGCUGAAGGACUUUCCAGCAGGAAUUAGCGAGACCGACGCUGCUCAGUGUUUUUCGAAGAAUCCUGGGUUUGAGCCUGACGGCGGGGCAGGAGCUGCAGCGCGGGGAUGCUCUUCGCCUCUGAGGCAGCGGCGAUGGAAGUGCAGAGAGCCGGGCACCUUACGGGGUUCAUGCCGGUCUGAAAAUACGUUUGGGCUCGUAGCUGUCUUGCUCUGCUUUGUGUGGAAUAUGCUUGAGCUUUCGCUGCAGCCAGGACUCCGCAAUUAUUGAUGCUACAGCUGUGAGUCUUCAGAGCUAGGUGGGAUUUAGUGCCUGUCUUGAGGCAGGAAUGAAGGCAGGUUUGGAGAGUGGCUCUUCAGCUUAAGGUGCUACACCACCGAUGUGCUUUCCUGUAUGCUGCUUUUAUUACUGCUUACAAAAUGCCAGAUGUCCAUGCAGUUUUAAACCUUGUCCAUUGAGGAAAAGAAACCAUUCAAGAGGGAGUCAGCAAAAAUAUCCAAUAGGUUUCUGUUUUGAAAAUUGUUUGACUUGCUUGAUUUCCAUAUAAUUUAUCUACAAGAGCCAAUUUAUGCAAGAAUAUCCAGUUACAGAUCUGCCAAGGCUAUGAGGGAACGCAGCCAGCAGAGCCUCGGUGGACACGUCCUGUACGUAGGGUUAUUCAGACAUCCAGGAAUGCUGCACAGGGCUAAGUACAGCCGAUUCAGGAAUGAUUCCAUAACCUCCCUAGAUGAAGGUACACAAAAUACGUCUUUAAAUAUCAAAGGUUCUUCCUCCUCUUCCCAUUCUUCAACACCCAACUUACUGACAGAAGAUGUCUCCUUGGGGCCACAGGACGCCUGCACCACGCUGUGCACGCUGAUCCCCCGGAUGGCCAACAUUAAACUUGCCAACCCGUCAAAUCUGCCGGGGCUGAAAAGCUUCUGCCUGGGAACGAAAGAGGUGCCGCGAAUUAAACUCACGGAGUGCGUUACCAUCCCGAGCAGCCCAACCUCGCCUGAGAUCAGCUGCCUGUCGGCCUCGUAUCCCCAGCCAGACCUGGACAAGCUGCUCCUAACCCCAAAGCCAGCGGGCGGCUGCGCUGUGCGGGGAGCUGAGGAGCCCGCUCCUGUGGCCAGGCAGGACAGGGGCCUCGCACAGAGCAAUGAAAGCACGUCCAGCCAGGAGCCAGGAGCCACCUACAGUGUGCGGUACAUGGGCUGUAUUGAAGUGCUACAGUCAAUGAGAUCCCUGGACUUUGGCACGCGAACACAAGUCACCAGGGAAGCAAUAAGCCGACUGUGUGAAGCUGUAUCGGGUACAAAUGGAGCUAUAAAAAAGCGGAAGCCUCCAGUGAAGUUUCUGUCUUCUGUACUUGGCAAAAGUAACCUUCAGUUUUCUGGCAUGAAUAUAAAGCUGACCAUUUCAACAAGCAGCCUCACUUUGAUAAAUGCUGACACACAGCAGAUUAUUGCCAACCAUCACAUGCAGUCCAUCUCAUUUGCUUCUGGAGGUGACCCAGAUACAACAGAUUACGUGGCAUAUGUAGCAAAAGACCCUGUUAAUCAGAGAGCAUGCCACAUCCUGGAAUGUCCCAAUGGGAUGGCACAGGAGGUGAUCAACACCAUAGGGCAGGCUUUUGAGCUCCGGUUCAGACAGUACUUGAAGAACCCAUCCAGCCUGGUUACAUCUAAUGAAAGCGAGGCAGCAAAUGCUAAUGGAUCAGCUGGGAAUUCACGGGAGAGGGAGGAUCAUGAAUAUUACAACGAAAUUCCAGGGAAGGAGCCUCCCACCGGUGGAGUGUUAGACAUGCGAAUGAAAGUGCAGACAGACCAAAGGGCUAAGUGUCCUAUCCAGUGCAAAAAGCAGUAUUGCUCAACAGGCAGCCCAACGUUCAUCAACAUAUAUGAAAAUUGUCCAGAAGAAAACAAAACUGUGGGUAAUUGUGAUGAGAGAUCACAGAAGACAAUAAAAGAGGCAACCUCAUUGAAACCUGCCCACAAAGCAGAUCUCUUUGAUGAUCCGUGUUACAUCAACACCCAGUCCCUGCAGUCUGCAGCCUGUGCAGCCCGAGGUCCAGCAACAGCACAGAUCACUGGGAGCCCACUGCGCCAGGCCAAGUUACCGGAAGCUGUUCAGCAGAGUGCCACAAGCAACACAGCUGGUCCCUGUGUUCUGCCACAAAUAAAGCAACAGCUAAAGAAUGAAGAUUGUUACCAUGGCAAAUUGAACAGGAAAGCAGCAGAGAGCCUCUUAGUCAAUGACGGGGAUUUUCUGGUACGAGAGAGCACAACGUCACCUGGUCAGUAUGUCCUCAGUGGACUUCAGGGAGGGCAGGCAAAGCAUCUACUCUUGGUGGAUCCUGAGGGCAAGGUGAGAACCAAAGACCAUAUAUUUGAUAGUGUGGGUCAUCUUAUUCAGUAUCACAUGGAAAAUAAUUUGCCAAUCAUCUCUUCUGGAAGUGAAGUGAGCUUGAAGCAGCCUGUAAGGAAAGAGAGUAAUACGGGACACAUGCAGUAUCACAAAUAAUCCCUUGGAUCUCACAAAGCCCAAGACAAUUCAUACCUGAACUUUCUAUUACGAAGACAAGUCAAAAAAAUAUAGACUGCACUUUCUGCUGCUGUUCCAGAAGAAGCCCUUUUGUGUGUGUAUGUAUGAAUAUAUGUAUAUGUGUAUAUCUAUGUAGAUCUAUAGAGAUCAACAAGCAUAGUUAUAUAGAUACAUAUAAUCUUAAUCUUAACAAAACUACACCUUCAGAGUGUGAGAUUCAUUUGUGAGAAGGUAUUUUAGACAUGCACAAAUGUCACUUUCAAGGUCAUACUGAAUCAGUAACUAUUUAAAAGCACAAUUAAAACUCUACAUGCAAAAGCUCACUUGAAAGAACUGCUGGAACAUUAGUACGUGCCUUUUAGCAUAGAAUUAUUGAAACCAAUAUUAUUUAUACUGAAUUAGUUUUGGGUGGUUAAACAAACAUGUCUAAGCUUUUAACUAUUUGCCAAAAAACAAGUACAAUUUGAAUAUUACUAAAAUGUCGUCUUCUUUCGAUAGACACUAACAAUUUCAUUUUGCUUGUAACAGCACUUUAUUAGCAAGUAAUGUUUGAAAUGAAUAGCAUUCACAAUACAGAAAGGUUGUCCAGUUUCUUAAUCAUUUUUUGUCACUGUCUGACUACUCAAAAGAUUUGAGAUUAUGAACAUUUACAAAGUUGAAAUUAAUAUAUGUAAUAUAAUUUUGGAAUAGAACUUGUUAAGGGACAAGCAUGCUAGAUCUUGAUAUUUUUGUCCUGCAUAUGAUUUUACUAUUAUAAUCAAUUAAUACUGGAAACAUCUUUUUAAAGGUAGGCUAAAUAUAUUUUCAUUGAUUACAUAGUUGUUUACAAACUAGAAAAGCUGAACAAAACUAAUGAUACAUUUGGGGAGAAAACUAUUUAAAAGAUGUUUGAACUUUGCAUGUGUCCUUAUUCAGUGUUCUUUCCAAAACAAGAUAGUUUUCCCCUCUUCACAUAGAGUCCGUUUGUUCCUAAACAUGGAAAAAAGUCUUUUAAAAGAAAUCUAUUAAUUGUUUUGCCACAAUAAAUACUCUACAUACGAACAAUCCUA